GCUCCCUGCAGACUGCCUGCUGAUGCUGGUCUACAAGGACAAGUCGGAGCGCUCCAAGGGCCUGCGGGAGCGCAGCAGCCUGACGCUAGAGGACAUCUGCGGGCUGGAGCCCGGCCUGCCCUACGAAGGCCUGGCCCACACGCUGGCCAUCGUCUGCCUGUCCCAGGCUGUCAUGCUGGGCUUCGACAGCCACGAGGCCAUGUGCGCGUGGGACGCCCGGAUCCGCUAUGCGCUAGGCGAGGUGCACAGGUUCCAUGUGACAGUGGCUCCAGGCACCAAGUUGGAGAGCGGCCCGGCCACCCUGCACCUCUGCAAUGACAUCCUCGUCUUGGCCAGGGACAUCCCCCCGGCUGUCACGGGGCAGUGGAAGCUAUCCGACCUCCGGCGCUACGGGGCCGUGCCGAGCGGAUUCAUCUUUGAAGGCGGGACCAGGUGUGGGUACUGGGCUGGUGUCUUCUUCCUGUCCUCGGCCGAGGGGGAGCAGAUCAGCUUCCUGUUCGACUGCAUCGUCCGAGGCAUCUCCCCCACCAAGGGCCCCUUUGGGCUGCGGCCGGUUCUCCCAGACCCAAGUCCCCCGGGACCCUCGACUGUGGAGGAGCGCGUGGCCCAGGAAGCCUUGGAAACCCUGCAGCUGGAGAAGCGGCUGAGCCUCCUCUCGCAUGCAGGCCGGCCGGGCAGUGGAGGGGAUGACCGCAGCCUGUCCAGCUCAUCCUCGGAGGCCAGCCACUUGGACGUCAGCGCCAGCAGCCGGCUCACCGCAUGGCCAGAGCAGUCCUUGUCGUCGGCCAGCACGUCGCAGGAGGGGCCUAGACCAGCAGCUGCCCAGGCCCCCGGGGAAGCCAUGCUGGGUGCCUCAAGGCCACCCCCCAAGCCAGCAGACUGGGGCACCCCAGGGUGGCCUGGGGGUGGUGUGGGGUCGUGGAGCCUCUUGCUGGCGGGGCUGGGUCCCUGGACAGCCUUUCCCUGUGGGGAUGCGGCCGGGCCGUCUGCCGCUCCCCACUAUGCUUGUGAGUGGCCUCGCUCCGGGUGUCUGAAGGUUCCGGCCACCGCCUGCUACAGCAGCCCAGGGUCUCCAGCCUCGGUACUCAGUUCCCAGGCCACACUGCCCAGCCCGGCCCCCGGAGAGCCCUGGGAAGCAGGCAGCCCCCACGCGGGGCCAUCCCCGGCUUUCUUUUCGGCAUGUCCAGUCUGUGGAGGACUCAAGGGAGUGGCCGCCUCAGCCCCGGGACCCGCGACAGCACAUUCAGGAUCCCCAGGACCCAUGGCUGUGGACAGCCCAGGGCCAGAGAGGCCACGUGGCGAGCCACCUGCUUACGUGAACAUCCCCGUCAGCCCCCUCUCCGGGAAGCAGCUGCACUACAUGGGCCUGGAGCUCCAGGAGGCCAGCGAGGGGGUCCGAGGGGCCAGCGCCUCCCUCUACGCCCAGAUCGACAUCGCGGCCACUGAGAUGGCGCACAGAGUGGGAGCGCAGCACGCACGGGCCCGGGAGGAGCAGCUGUCAGAGCUGGAGCAGAGGAAGGCAGCCCCACAGUGA